CCCAAUGAACGUUUCAUCUCGUAUGACGAAGUUUAACUACUCCCUUUGUUGAAAUUUGUGUAUGGAGUAACAUACACGACGACCUCAAAGACGACCACAUUCACAGCUCCCAAAAGUGCAAAGUCUGUCAGGAGAGACAUCAUUUGCGAUUUUGCCAAAAAUUUAACAACAUGGAAGUUUUAGAGCGUGUACAGACAGCGAAAGAAAAAGGAUAUUGUUUUAAUUGCCUCUGUGACUCUCAUACGAGGGAAUGGUGUCGAUCUCGGAACACCUGUGCAGUUUGUAACCGAAACCAUCACACUAAACUUCACGUGGAUCGCCAGAAGCCAAAACGGGAUUCAAAACCAUCCUCUAUUCGCCAAAGUUCGCCUUCAUCUACAUCACGUCGAACGCCUUCCCAGAAAUAUGAUGGGUCGCAAGUCAUUCAAAACAAGGAAAUUAAGGAUUCAAAGAUGAAGCGCCGUCUUGGAGGAAGGUCUAAACGGCAUGUUUUUAUGCCAACUGCAUUAGCUCGAGCAAUCAGUGUUGGCGGUACAAACAAGACACGAAUUCUGUUAAACUCAGGCGCAACCCAGACAGUCAUUUUGAAGUCAUUUGUCAAAAAUCAACAGCUUCAAACCACGAACAAGAAUGGAAAAGUAUUUUGUACCGUAAACCUUCAAUCUUUCCAUGACAGCACAGUGAAAAUUCAAAUCCACGGAGUCGUUAAAACGAAGUUUGAUUCUCCACUUCCAGAAAAAGUUUCCGACAAAAUUCUUGAGAAUACUUACUCCCAACUUCCAGAUUUAGCUGACCCUCAUUUUUAUCACCCUGUUAACAUUGACAUAAUGAUUGCUAAUGAUGAGAUGUCCAAGGUACUAAAAGCUGGUUUAAUCCAGACAGCGAGUCACAUGCCAAUAGCUCAGAGCACAGUAUUCGGAUGGGUCAUUUCAGGAGCUCGUUUUUAUUGAUGUUGCGAUAUUGCAAGAGGCCCCGGCAUGUUAAACCGAGUUUUAACAGCGUUAAAUGAAUUUAUUGAUUUAUUGAAUUAUAACAUGAAUAGAUGCAUAAUAUACUAUUAUAAGCUUCCCAUUAAAUUUUUAAAUAUGAAUUAAUAUAGAAAUCCCGCAUUUUAUAAGAAUAGCUGGGAACUCUUUAUCCAUUCAAUGAAAGGAGCUUUCGCUCAAACGGAUAAAGAGUUCCCAGGCUUGAGUAAAAAUAAGAAUAAAUUGCUGAAUUUAAGAAAAAGGGCUUCAGUCUUUACGGCUGCAACUUCACUUUUGAAACAGAGACUGAAGCGGUAAGAGGAGAAAGCUGUC